AUGGGUAGUGAAGGCAAGGGUCUGACCAUUCUCGUAGCCGCUACGCUCCAUCGACGCGCCUCAAGAGAAGCUGCGUGCGCAGCUGCGAAGGACUGGGAAGACAAGAAACGGAGAAAUGCCCUAUGUCUAUUGAACGAGGACGCGACACCAAAAACAGUAAGGGGAACACAUAUACAAACACCUGUCAGUACGCUGGAGGAGAUGAGAAAAGGUGUUGACGCACAAGAAGUAAAGCAACGAUACAAGAAUAUGCGUAUAAGUGGCGAAGGAUUCCGUAAGGUCACAGCGUGUAUCGGACACCUAGGACACGACAUCAACUCAUCUUCUUUCCCACUUUCGAAUGAAGACGAGUUGACCACAAUAAUAAAUGAUUGUGGAAGGCAUCCCGCCACAAACGAUAGUUGCAAAACUGCGGACAGCAAGAUGGCAUUAGUCACCGAAAAUGGAAGAAAGUAUCUGGAACACUAUGGACGCCAUAGGCUAGUGUUCGGCGACACCUUCAAACUCGGUAUGCGUUCCGUUUGCGUUUCGUCCAGCAACCUUGCUGUGUCAGAUGACGGGGGCAACGGUUUCCCACGCGCCAUCUUGUCAUCAUUUCGUAUGACAGCAGCAGAAGUCCACGUCCUUUUCGAAUUGGCCAAAGAAUGUGGGAUUAAAUUGAAUCCGCAGUACGUUGUGACCUACGACACGUACGUUUUCUACAAUGGAUUCAAAGCGGGCGUUGUAACUCGGGAGAACUUGAGUGAACCGCUCCAGACAAAUCAAAGAGUCCUAGCACAAAUUAAUGAAAUGAUCCAAGAGCUGUCGAAAAGGAAGCAGGUCGGGCUUGUGGAUCGGAUGAACGAAGGAUUGAAAUAUCUUAUGCAGAACAUAGCUAAAGAAAUGGUUGAAGGGGAUGGACUCCCUGUUUCUGCUGAACCAGGACUGACUCAUGACAACCUUGUAUCCCUAACGUCGGUCAGGCCAAAAGCCUGCAAUCAAGUGACUGGGAGGUGCAAGGGAGGCGGUUUGGAGUCGCCUCCAACAAAGAAUCUCCACAUGUCCACUUCGGGAGAACGGAAGUUCUCCCAAAAACUCAUGGGACUAGAGACUUGCAACCUGCGCAUGGGAACAUGCGACAGUAGAGGUGUUGGUGGAGUUGGCGUCCUCGUCAACACGAGUAUGGCAAAGAACAUCGACUCUUUCGAACAACUUACGACCCGAAUCGGGCAUCUGCAGAUGAGAAGAUGUGGUCCAAUACUAGCUUUGACUAUCUUCGUCGCUUACGCUCCAACAUCAAGCUACGAUGAAGAAGAAGUCGAAGCUUUCUAUAUGGACCUGGAGAAGUUCUAUCGAGAAGAUCAUGCCCUCUACAAAGUCAUAAUUGGCGAUUCCAACGCCAAAAUUGGCCCAAGAAGAACGCCGGAGGAACUUCACAUCGGGACCCACGGUCUGCAAUGGAAUGGCCAGGGGGAGAGACUCUUCGAGAUCAUCAUGGCGACUAAGACCAUCCAUGGAAACUCGCAAUUCCAGAAGUCCUCUCUACGCUGGACGUGGGAGUCAUCCGGUGGAGGGUACCGUAAUGAAAUAGACCACAUCAUCGUCAAUAAAAGGUUCUGCCUGACGAACGUCGCUGUUGUACCAAAGUUCAAUACGGAAUCGGACCAUCGCCUCCUCCGAGGAAGAAUUUCCUUCACAAGGAGAGCAGAAAAAGCCGCCAAGUUGAGAGGGAGAAAUCCCAGGACUAUCAUCAGCUGGGAUCUCUUCGCUACGGUAACCGGCUUUUGGAUUCCGAUUUCCGCAAUGGACAACAUCAACGAGGAAUAUGACCGGCUCGUUGAACACCUUCACGACUGUGCGAAGAAGGCUGAGAGUUUUAAAACAACCAAGGGACGCCUGUCUCUUGAAACUCUUGAAGAGGCGACAAAGGAAGACCUCAAGGAGAGAAGAGCAGAAGUGCUGGCUGAAGCUGCAGAGGCGGGGAAAAGCAUCCGCAUCAUCCGUCGAGACUUCGCCAGUCGCAAGACAAGGAUGACUGCUCUCCGAAACCCGAGGGGAACAACCACUGCAUCGAGAAGGGGGAUGGAGAAAAUCAUCUACGACUUCUAUUCUGAUCUCUUCGACAGCCAUGUCCACUUACCUCCUCACCAUCUGAGGGAAGCGGUCGUGGAAGUCAUUCCAGAGGUUCUCCCGUCCGAAAUACGACAUGCUAUCAUGCCAGUAAGAAAUCGUACGGCACCCGGUCCCGACAACCUUCCGCUAAUACUCAUCAACACCCUGGCAAGGCUCUUUACACGUUACCUGUCGGAAUGCAAGGUUCCUAAACAGUGGAAGACCAGCAAGACCGUGUUGCUGUAUAAAAAGGGAGAUCCACAUGACAUCGGCAACUAUCGCCCAAUCUGCUUACUGUCCGUCAUCUACAAGCUCUUCACAAGAGUAAUCCUUAAUAGGAUUGAAAGGUCUUGGAUGAAGGACAGUCAUGCGAACAAGCAGGGUUUCGAAAAGGAUUCAGCACGAUUGACCAUAUUCACACUGUUUCGAGACUCAUCGAGACGGAAGCGGUCGUGGAAGCUUUGGACAACCAAGGCGUUCCCACUCAGUAACAUAGAGGUAAUUCGAGAGUUGUACAGUAACUUCACGACCGGAAUUUCGCCAUUCUACAAGAAUAUCGUCAUUGACGUGAAGAGGGGGGUCCGACAGGGUGAUACAAUUUCACCCAAAAUAUUCACAGCCACCCUCGAGAACGCAAUCCGAAAGUUGGAAUGGGACGACAUGGGAGUGAAGGUUGAUGGUCGGCAGCUACACCAUUUGCGCUUUGCUGACGACAUCGUACUUAUAACACCUAGCAUCAGCCAAGUGGAACGACUGCUGACCGAAUUCGACGAAACAUGUGGAUGCAUAGGUCUUCAGCUGAAUCUACAAAAGACGAUGUUCGUGCGGAACGGAUGGAACUCGAAUGCCCCAUUCAAGCUCAACGGAACAAGCAUAUCCGAAUGCACCAGCUAUGUUUAUCUGAGUCGGGAAUUGAACAUGAUGAACGACCUGACCCCCGAGCUGGGCAGGAGGAGACGAGCGGCUUGGGGAGCGUACAAGAGCAUCGAGGAUGUAGUGAAGAAGACCAGGAACACCCGGCUCCGUGCUCACCUCUUCAACACCACCGUACUUCCUGCUUUGACCUAUGCUUCGGAAACCUGGGCAUUUCGCAAGCAGGAAGAAAACGCGGUGAGCGUCAUUGACCUCGCAAUUGAGAGAGUGAUGCUAGGAGUAUCCCGUUUCACGCAAGUGAGGGGCGGGAUUCGAAGUUCUCUCCUACGUCAGCGAUCGAGGAUCAGAGACGCCGCCGCGUUUGCCAAGGAAAGUAAAAUAAGGUGGGCCGGACACGUGAUGCACUUUAACGACAACAGUAGGACCAGAGCCGUGAGCGACUGGGUUCCCCGUGAUCUUAAGGGCACUACAGGAAGACCGCCGACCCGAUGGUCAGAUUUCUUCACGAGGUCCUUCAAAGAAAAUUAUGAUGCUCUUCGUGUCCCACGCGAAAGGAGGAAGCACUGGGCUACUCUGGCACGCGAUCGGGACAAAUGGAAAAAUUACUGGCGCCCGCUCGACCAGUUCGAAGGUCAACGGGAGUCAAGGUGA